ACCGGUCUGAUUAAUCCCCCGGUCUGGCCGGUCUGAUUUAAUCCUCCGGUCUGGCCAGAGCUGGUCCCCGCGACGGACGACUCAUCGUUUUGAACCCUAGCGGCCGCAAUGUGAUGCGGCCACCCAACUCCCUUCUACCAAAGCCGCGAUGCUGCUGCCCAAACUCUCCGCCUCCUUCCUUCGGUGUAAUACCACCACCACCACCCUCCUCGCAUUCUUCCACCGCCGCCGCCUCGGACACCUCCUCCUUUUCUCCACCUCCACCGCCGGCGGCAACGGCGAGAGUCCAUCUCACAAGCCCCAAUUCCUUGUUGAAUACCUCGUGAGCUCCUGUCGGUUCCCGCCGGACAAGGCGGCUGAAGUCUCCAAACCCCUCUCCCACCUCAAAUCCACCGAGAAGCCGAAAUCCGUGGUGGAUUUAUUGAGAUCUUACGGUUUCGAGGACGCCCAUCUCAGAAAGCUUGUAUCUUUGAAUCCCAGAUGCCUCUGCCACGACGCCGAGAAGACCCUGGUCCCAAAGAUGCGAGCUUUUCUGGACAUGGGCUUCUCCCCCUCCGACCUCAUCCCCUUGAUCCUUUCCAAUCCCAGCGUACUCAAUCUCCGCAUCGACCAAAUCCUGCUCAAGAUUGAGGUGUGGAAGAAUCUACUAGGCUCCACCGAUCUUCUGAUGAAAUUGUUGAAGAGAAACGAGUGGUUUUUUGGCUGCAGCGUCGAGAAGACCGUCCUUCCUAACAUAUCGCUCUUGCGGGACUGCGGCAUCACGGAUGAGAGGCUAGCUACGAUUGUGAGGAAGCGCCCUACCUUCAUUACUCAGAGAACGGAAUCGCUCCGAGCUUUGGUUGACCGUGUCGACGAGCUGAAGAUGCCCCGCAGCUCGGGCUUGUUCGUGUGGGCCAUUCAGAUCGUCCGUAUGGUGAGCAGAGCCAGGUUCCAGGCCAAGAUGGAGCUCAUGAAGAGCUUGGGGUGGUCGGAGUCAGAGUUCCUCGCUGCAUUCCGAAAAGCGCCACUCUUCCUAUCUGUCUCUGAAAGGGUGAUGCGAAGAAAGAUGGAGUUUUGGGUGAAGGAAGCCGGGUGCAAGCCCUCCUAUCUUGCCCUCAACCCACAGCUUCUUAUGUAUAGCUUGGAGAAGAGGUCGAUUCCUCGGGUUCGUGCACUGGAGAUUCUAAAGUCAAAAGGGUUGCUCAGAAGGAAGUCCCAGCUGCAGAGCAUAAUGAGUAUAUCAGAACAGGAUUUUAUCAAGAAGUAUGUUCUCUGCCACAAAGAGGAAGGGCCUAAACUGUAUAAACUGUAUACUUCUGGCCUCAAUCAACCAACCCCUUUAUCCUGAAUUCUAGAGAUAGAAUGAGAAUGACUUGCUUGUCUGCUUAUUAAUUGUCGCACAAGCAGGUAUGAAUGUUCAUAUUUGAACAAUUAGAUAAGCAAUGAUUCUCAAACUGCUUUAGUUUGCUCUUUUGGUGUUCUUUUAAGCAGUUAACUAUGUUUCUGUGGUUAUUGGUAUUCUGAA